AUGGUUGAAUUGUAUCAAAAUAAGCAAAAGCUGCUAACUCCUCUAACUAGCAAAGUUCUUGGAUCAUACGCUGAUGAUUCAGCCUUUACCUACCUGAUAAUAAACAUUAUUCUACUCUGCAUCACAGUAUUCAUUGGAGGCAUCAUCAUAAUCCUACUAGUAGUUUAUAUAGACUACUAGCCCCUGAAAAAGAAAUGCUCAAGAUUGAUACUGCUCUCAACAAUCGGAAACUUCAUGUUCUGCUUCAUAGUGCUGCUUCAACAGAUUACCUAUAAUGCCUGCUUACUAGACAAAUUAUCAACUGCUUGCAUGAGUGAGUCAUUCUCAUCAUUCAACUGCUUUAUGGGGUUUACUCUGCUAAUCAUCUGGGAACCUCUAGCGAUAAUUCCUUAUAUAAUGAGGGCAAUCAGAUUAAAAGUCAUAAUGAAGUCACAGCAGCACUUCAUUAUUAAUGGAUAGAAGCCAAAGAAGUGGAUUAAGUGGAUAUCAGAGGUGUAUCUAAUCAGGAUAACCCUUCUUUGGUCAGCGAUACUUAUCAUAUUUACAUUGGGAAUAUACUUCCUCAAAUAUGCAAAUGAUAAGGUCAUUGUGUUUGCUCCUUCGUAUAAUGUGUCAAUAUGCUACUAGAAAACUAUGAACGAUGACAUCUAGGGCAGUUUGCUUGACAACGUGGUGUUGCAUUCAAAUAUAUCUGUAACUAUAAUUAUGCUGUUUAAUUUCUUCGAGUGCUUGUUCUUCAUGGUGGCUUUGAACUUUAUCAAGAACAUUAAGCAUGAGUUCAGCAUUCAAGGGGAGAUAGUGCUAGUCUUGAUAGUAUGGUUUUUAGGCAGCUUCAUAACUCUAGGCAUUUUUAUUUUCAAGUCCAAUACCUCUACCUGGCAAUACGUGUCUCUAAUCACUGUGGCUAGAAACCUACUUAUUCUGUUUAUCACUAGUUUACCUCCACUUUAUCAGACUAUACGGAGACAGAGAAGAAAGUCUUAUCUUAAUCAUACUAAUAGUCUGAUCACAGAUGAUUAGCAGCUGUCUCUGAUAGGUGCAAUUAACCUUAACGUGCUGAUCCAGGAUAAGCUCGUGUCUAGGUAUUUCCAGACAUUCGUAGAGCAGCAAUAUGCGGAGUCUAAGGAGAUAAAUAAAUUUUACUAUUUGUACACUAGGAUCAGCUACUACAAUGAGAGUUAUAACAAUGACAGGAACAACAGAAAGGGGAGAAUAGAUAUGGCUUAUGAAAUAUUCAUAGAGCAUUUGACUGAUGAAUCUGAGUUUAGAGUUGAUCUGCCCAAGUAAAUUAAUGACAGAUAGGCACUUAAAAUGGUGCAAUUUGGAAUCAUCGUUGAUAGAAUAUCAGACAUAGAGGAAGAUUUAUUUAAAAAUAAUGGCUAGGGAGAGACAAUGUUCUCGGAUGAUCUGAAUUACUAAAUCGACAACAUAGUAAAUGAAUUCCUAUUUAUGGAGGUGUUUGCCUUUGCAUAAGAGCAGCUGCUUCCCAUCUUUGAAAACUUUAAAAGAUCCUAGUUGUUUUCUGAGCUGGAGGAGGCCAAGUAGCUGCAGAAGAUGUUCAAGGAAGUGCUUAUGGAUGCAGAUAUUAUUGGCCAUGACAUGUGA